AUUCGGGCUUGGAACACUCCGUCCGAGCUGCUAGUUUGGCCCGCGACCUCGCGCCGCGAGCACGUGUCGAUCGGUAACCGGCCUCCCCCCGACACGAUACAGGCGUGUUUUCACCGACACAUAAAUGAAAAUUUGAUCAAAACUACAUUUUGACGCAUCGUGUGUUCUUCUCAAGCAUAGACUGUGUUUGUAAUCAAACUUUGUGUGCGAAGGAUUUGAGUGUAUAAUGUAAACGUUGCAGAGACGGUGAGUGCAACGUUUUCAGUGCCAAUUUCAGGUACAAACGCGAAAUGUUGUGACAUCGACCACUAUGCCUUAGUGUUGUGAAAGUAUCGAUAGCCGAUAUCGAUAUGGCGCGGUUGUUACUAGUGUUGUUGCUGCCGGCGCUCGCCGCAGCGGCAGUCGGUGACACUGAUGUGUGCAACCCGGAUAAAAUGACUGUGUACAAAAUGGUGCUGCAUACGUAUUGGACAAGGGAGAAAUUCCCGAAACAUUACCCGGAUUGGAGACCGCCAGCCCAGUGGUCUAAAGUUUAUGGUGUAUCACACGACCGAUCAUACGUGCUCUUCCGACUCGGCCGUCGGGUCUCGGCCCCAGUCCGACAGUUCGCCGAGUCGGGUCGAUCAGACGCGCUGGGCUCUGGCCCGGGCACGCUCGAUGUGUUCGGCGGGCCCGCGGUUGGGCAAGGAGCGGGAAGGACUGAGGCCGAGUUCUUUGUUGAUGGCAAUCAUUCUAGGGUGUCAGUAAUGGCGCGGAUGAUCCCGUCUCCUGAUUGGUUCAUUGGAGUGGACAGCUUCGAUCUCUGCGUGGAUGGGAACUGGCUUGACAGUAUCACUAUUGAGGUGGACCCACUAGACGCGGGGACAGACAACGGCUUCACAUUCACCGCUCCAAACUGGCCGACCGCUCCUCAAGGCGUGGCUUACCGCAUCACUUCGAAAUACCCCUCGCACCCAGCUGGCUCUUUCUUCUAUCCGCAUCUCAGGAGACUGCCGCCGAUUGCUACGUUUCAGUUUAUUAAGUUACGCGAAUACGAGCUCUCCGAAGUAUUUCACCGCAACACCGACGACAGGAGAUACGAUGUUCUACAGCUAGACAAGAUGAACCAUAACAACAUAGAUGUGCUGGAUGGUAACAGGGCCCUGUCCAUUGCUGAAGAAGUGGAGCGACAAGAACAGGCGCCGAGGAUAUACUCUGAGGGAUCCAUGACCACGUCUGAUGGAGCUUAUUCGUAUUAUUCUUUAACGAACGCGACAUCGAGUACGACCGAAGAGCCGCGCUCGGCUAACGAGCUCCCGACGUCGGCGCCGGCAGCCAGUGAGAGGUCAGCUCUUCGGAGCCUGGCUAGGAGGUACCGGGCGCGGAGGAGGCGUAAGCUGCGCGCUGAUAAUACUGAUCCCGCUGAGCGGAGGAAGCGGAAAAGAGCUAGACUGUUAGACUGCCGGGUAUCAGAAUGGAGUGAAUGGAGCCCAUGCCGCAGCGACGGCGGCUGCGUAGGUUCAGCUAUGCGUACGCGCCGAAUUAUAAGACGACAGCGGCCGGGAGGUGCGCCGUGUCCGCCCACGGCGCUUUCACGGUGGUGCGCGACCAACUGCACAGCGCAGCAGACGCACGAAGACUGGCGAAAUAAUCUCACGUAAUUCUGUAUUUGAAUGAUUCUGUUUUCGAAUUUUGAAUUAUUUUCUUUUGUGCCAGGGUUUGGAGGCAGUGUUUGAAUUUAGAAGGUUGAUAGAUCACAAUGGAGAAGUAUCCGGUGGCCAUCUUUGAACAGGGACUUAUUUGACUGUUGUUCGAAUGUUGGUUCAAAUAUUGGCUUCAAACUAUGAAGUGAGCAAAGAAGGCACAACUCUUUAUUAGUGGCCAGAUUCUAAUACAUAUUUUAACUUUCCUUUAAUCUAUUUAUGAUGACUGUUUAUUAUUUAACAUCUGUGUCUGUCCGUCCAAGUAUAAUUUUGUUUCGAAUUCCAUUCAAUAAUUUCGCAUUUCAAUUUUCUUUCGGAUGUAAAGUGCGUGGGGUGUAAAAAUAUAAUAAAAAUGUUGUAUAAAAUAAAAAUAGUAAGAGAUGACUGUCAGUGUUGGGAAAUAAUAGAUAGUGUUCGAUUCAUUAACGCUGUACCUAAUUAUGCUUUUUCCAAUUUUGUUUGUUGGUCAAUUAUCGUUAAGAGUGACUAAGAUUUAGGAUAAGAAAGUCACACGGCGUUACUUCAUUACUGAAUUUGUUUGGAAAAAGCUUCAGCAAAUUAUAAAAAAAAAUUGUAAACAAAAUAUUCUUCCAAAUUAGAUAUGUUAGAAUAAAGCUUUCCAAUCUCUUAGAAUCUUACAGAAUUAUUUUUAAAAACUAUAAUAUGAAUUAUUACAGAUUUUUGCUCUAGUACAAAAUGAUGUCGUGUCUUAUGCUAUUAAAAAUAAAAUAAAGAAAAUAAUAGUAUUAUAAUUUGUAUUUAUCAAUAAUCAAUUUUCCAUAACCUUUUCACUAUAACUACUCAUAGAUCCCUGACAAUACUUUGGGAGUUUAUAAUAGAAAAAAAUACAUAUCGUUUACUUAAGUGUUUAAACUUUGUGACAGUAAUCCAAUAAAAGUGUAGCAAUUAUUUUAGUGUUAAAUGGAUCCAAAGAUGCAGCUUUUAUUUUUCAUACAAAUAAAUAAUGUAAAAACUUUUAAUGAACAAAUAAAAUUAAACAGAUUAUUGAAAAACCUAUAUGGACUUUUUGAAAUAAGUCUUUGGCUAGAGUGCGAGUUAACAAGGUUAAAAAAAACAA